UGCUGACGUAAGAAUUUUUUAAACCCGAGUAUUAACGUCUAACCUCUAAUUGAUAUGUGACAGUAUGCGAUUUUAAACGUUUAUACUCCAAAAUUAUAUUUUUUUACUUACUCGUUGCUAUUUAUAUCGUUAACUAAAGAACAUAAUUGUUUCAUUUAUAGUGUCACGUAAGAGUGAUUAUUUUGUGCAAGUGAAUUAAUAUCUCGAUUCAUUCAUUGACAACGAUUUAUAGUUUAGAACUGGUACAGUCAUUUUCAAUGUGCAUACAUUUAUGUCGUUAAAGGUAUAAUAUACAAGUUACGAGAAACGCGCAAAUGUCAUUUGCACGACUCAAAAUAAAAGUAUUGUAGUUAUGUGACCAGGCGUUAUCAAACAAAUUGAAAGAAAUAAUAUUUCAUAUUGUAUAUCGACAUUAUCCAAAUUUCAAGGUAGAUUUAUAAUGGAAGGUCAUCAGGUAAGAGCUUUAUAUGAUUUUACUGGUCAAUCAGGAACAGCUGAAUUGUCUAUCAUAGCGGGAGAGACUUUGACUGUCUUGAGAGACAAUGUCGGUGACGGAUGGUGUGAAGGAUUCAAUCAGAGUGGAAAGUCUGGCCUUUUUCCAGCAGCAUAUGUGCAAGUUAUAGAAUCAUCUGCUCCAGUCUCGAGUAGCAUGACAGUAUCACAACAAAGUUCAGGAGAUUUUUGGGAUGAUGAUUGGGACGACGACUCAGAAAUUGGUCAAACACUAGCAUAUGUUCCUGUUACAAAUCCACAACAACAAGCUAUACAUAUACCAUUACAAUCUAAUAGCACUGAUAGUGGAAAUUCUAUUCCAAUUCAUACUAUACAUUCUGUGAUACCUGAAAGACCUAUAUCUAAUGUACCAAAGAAAAAUAAUAAGUUUUCUACUAUUAUUAAAUCCGGAGAAGACAGUUUUUUAUUAGGAACAAAGGUAGUUAAUGUACCAGAAAGCGAAAAGCUAUUUAUUAAAGAAAAUGAAGAUGGACGUUGUGUAUGGGUACCAACGGGGGAAUCAUAUAAUUGUGUUAUUACAUCUCCUAAGAAAGAAUCCAAAUUAAAAGGUCUUAAAAGCUUUAUCGUAUAUCAAUUAACACCUACGUUUAAUAAUAUUCAAGUUUCAAGAAGAUAUAAGCAUUUUGAUUGGUUGCAUGAACGUUUAGAACAAAAAUAUUGUUUCAUACCAAUUCCACCAUUACCUGAUAAACAAAUAGCAGGACGUUACGAAGAACAGUUUAUAGAACAUCGUCGCACACAAUUACAAGAAUUUGUUGAUUAUGUUUGUCGUCAUCCUGUAUUGUCACGUAGUCGAGUAUGGGAUCACUUUAUGGUUUGUACAGAUGAGAAAAGGUGGAAGACAGGAAAACGGCAAGCUGAAAAGGAUGAAUUAUUAGGAGAGAAUUAUUUUAAUGCCAUUCAAUGCAUUGAUACACCUUUAGAUGCAAUCAAAGUAGAAAUUCAAAUAGAUGCAUUUAGUAGAUAUAUAAUUGGUUUAGAUCCUGUCGUGAAAAAUUUCAUGGCCAUGGCUGUAGAUCAAGCUAAAAAACAUCAAGUACUUUAUAAAAGAGAGUUUCAGAAAAUUAGUCAAUCCUUUUGUUCAUUAGGACACGCUUUGGAAGGAGACGACAGCGAUCAUAGAAGAUUGACUUAUGCGUUAAAGGUAACAGGCGAAGCGUACAAUGAUAUUGGCCAUCUUUACAAAGAACAGCCAAAGUUUGAUUGGGAACCACUUGCUGAUAAAUUUCAUAUUUAUAGAGGAAUUAUCAGUAAUUUUCCUGAUGUUAUUAGUAUACAUAAGAGCGCAAUACAAAAAAGAAAGGAUUGUGAGAAAUUAGUUGCAGAACAUAAAAUGGAAACACAGCAAUUGCGCGAAAUGUCUCAUCGAACGGAUAUAAUAGCACGUACAUUAAUGGCAGAAGAAACACAUUUUCAAUCAGAACGUGAUAUACAUAUAAAUCAAGCCAUGAAAACGCAUUUGCAAGAACAAAUAUCGUUUUAUAAAAAAAUUGUAAAUAAAUUAGAGGAAGCAUUGAAUGCAUAUGUAGACUGAGCGCAGGUACUGAAAAUAUGAUUAUGCUAAUAUUAUGUACCUUUCCUAUGCACAACUUAAUAAUUUUUAUACAUGAUCACCACGACUGUUGUUUGUAAAUUCAUUGUAUUCUAUUAUUUAUACACUUACGAUAAUAAGAAAUUUAAUCACAUUUUCUCUAUACAAUCAGAGAUUUUGUUAUAAAAAUUAUGAAGAGGCCAAAUAUUAAUAUCGCAUGUGCU